AUGCCUAAGAUUAACCAUGUUGUGAUUGUUGGAGCUGGCCCUUCAGGCCUUCUUCUUGGUACACUGUUGGCGCGCAACCUGAGUAUUAAAGUCACCAUUCUGGAUGCGGAUACAAAGGUGAAUGGCAAUCCACGCGCAGCCCAUUACGCGCCAUCAGCGGUAUACGACUUCCAUCGCGCUGGUAUUAUCGAUGACAUUCGAAAGGUCGGUCUUCAUCCUAGGGGCGUGUGUUGGCGCUUGCAGGAUGGAACCUUCCUGGCAGGUAUGGGUCGGGAGCCAGAAGAUUCCAAGUACUCCAUGGUCGUGCUUCCUCUGGACCAACUCGGACCACUCAUCAUCAAGCACUUCGAAAGCUACCCCAACACUGAGAUAUUGUGGGGCCAUAAGCUCGUGGGUGUCGAACAAGAUGCCAAUAGUGCUACUGCCACAGUAGAAACCCAAGAUGGACAAACCAAGAAAAUUUCUGGGGACUACCUCGUCGGCGCUGAUGGUGCAUCGAGUGGUGUCUACCUGCCAUUUGACGAGAAAUUCGGCUUCUGGGACUCCAACUUCAUCUGCCACCCAACAGACUGGUAUAUGGCUGCCAAAAUCACGAACGACGGCUCUGGCGCAGCUCAUCAAGCGUCAACUGCGCGCUACGAGAAGAUCUUGCCUGGAAACCCGAAGCAUGAUGAGUACAAGCUUCUCAGUAUGAGCCCAUACAAGCUGCAACAGCGCUGUGCCCCAAGUUUUCGCGUGGGCAAAAUCGUGCUUGUAGCGGAUGCCGCGCAUCUAUGCAAUCCCUUCGGUGGUCUUGGCCUCACCGGCGGCUUUGCAGAUGUCGGAUCGCUGUACGACUGCUUCACUGGUAUCCAUCAGGAUGAGCUGGACGACUCGAUCCUCGACAAGUACAGUGAGAUACGCAUCAAGAUCUGGCGCGAGAUGAUCGACCCUAUGUCGCGAGAGAACUUCCAUCGCCUCUGGGAUCCAGCCUUCGAGAAGAAGCGCGACGAAUUCUUCAAGAUGUGCGAAAAGGCGAAUAAUGAUCCGGUGUGGGGCAAGAGUAUCGCAGAAGCGAUUCAUGCUGUCAGACAUGACUUUACGCAGUAUUUCAAGAGCAGACAGCAGAAUGGCACGACAAAUGGGACGAACGGAAUCGAUUCGAAUGGCGACGUGAAGCAUAGUAUCGCAAGUAAAGCUGCUUCUUAG